AGCUGGUGCCUCUUGAGAAGGAAAGAUCUUUUUGCCUCGCAACAUAAACAAUUUAAUAUAAAUUACUCUUGUCAUAUCUUGGAUGUAUAUGUAUCCUAUCAGAUGCUGUCUGACUUGCUGUUUGUUUCCAACAUUUUGUGUGAGCAUCGGGUCACAAGAUUGAUUUCUGAAAAUUGAGUAUGGCAAUCUGAAAGUCUUUGGAUCAAAGCUUCAAUUCUGACCUGUGAUGGCUCAAUGUCGAACAGACUGUAUUGAGAAACCUCUUUGUACAGCAUUUAGGAAACUAGGAUUUUGUGUUGGGCAAAACCCCUGGUGGUUCUUGCUUGUCCCUUUGUUUGUUUCUGGGGGAUUAGGAGCAGGAUUUUGUUUCUUCUUUCAAAAUGAAAGCAAUAACAUAGAAGAUCAGUUUACUCCCAUUAACGGACCAGCAAAAUCUGAGAGAGAGUUCAUUAAAGAACAUUUUCCAACCAAUGAUUCUCAAUCCUUUUCUAAACAAAGACUUUACACAGAAGGGACAUUUGCUUCAUUUAUUGCCAUUUCAAAAGAUGGUAAUAUUCUUACAAAAGCAGCAUUUGAAGAGAUUUUAUCACUUGACAGAAAAGUCAACGAUUUUCAAUUUUGUGAGAAUGGCACAACCUACAAUUAUUCUAAUCUUUGUGCAAAAGUCGGAAAAACUUGUGUCUCAAAUGCACUCUUAGAUUUGCUGAAUUAUGACCCUAAUCUGAUUGAGACGGAAAAGAUCUACUACCCAAAAACAAAUCAUACUUUUAUUGGCAGUGAACUGGGAGGGAUUGAGUUGGAUGAUAUUGGAGCUUUUCUUAAAAAGGCCAAAGCUAUUCGGCUGCGUUAUCCCUUAAGAGAAGAUGAUGAAAAAGACAAGAUACUUAGUUUACUUUGGAUCCAGAAGUUUCUUCAUGAAUUCACAAUGGUGCAAACACAUUUAACUCAUAUUCAGGUUUCCCAUUUUACCUCGGUCUCGAGGCAAGAAGAAUUUGAGAAAAAUUCCAAAAGAAUUAUUCCUCUGUUUUCCGUCACGUAUUUGCUUUCAAUAUCCUUUUCCAUCUUGUCUUGUGUGAGGCUUGACACCGUGAGAAAUAAAUUCUGGGUUGCUGUUCUGGGAGUCAUAUCAGCUGGACUAGCUGUAUUAACUGCCUUUGGAUUGCUGCUUUAUUGUGGGACAACAUUUGCUAUCAAUACUGCCAGUGCACCCUUUUUGAUUCUAGGUAUUGGCGUGGACGAUAUGUUCAUUAUGCUUUCUAGUUGGCAAAAGACAAAAGUUCACGCUAAGGUUGAAGAUCGCUUGGCAGAUACGUACGCGGAAGCAGCUGUUUCCAUCACAAUCACCACUCUGACUGAUGUUCUGGCCUUUUAUAUUGGCAUUGCGACACCUUUUCGAUCCGUGCAAUCAUUUUGUAUUUACACUGGUACAACUGUUCUGUUCUGCUUCAUUUACAACAUUACAUUUUUUGGAGCUGUUCUUGCCCUGAAUGGACGAAGAGAAGCCAGUAACAGGCAUUGGCUGACAUUCAGAAAGGUUGAAAUGGUUCCUAAACAAGGAGAAUCUACACUCAGUGCAAUGUGUUGUGUAGGUGGUGCUUAUGAUCAGGAGUCAGGCACAGAAUUGGAGCAUCCAGCCUACUUCUUCUUUAAAGAAUAUUAUGGACCAUUCCUUACAAAUGGAUGGACCAAGGCAGCUGUGAUUCUUCUGUAUUUAGGAUAUUUAGCUGGCAGUAUUUAUGGCUGUUUACAGAUCAAAGAAGGAAUAGAUCUCAGAAAUCUGGCCUUUGAUGAUUCGUAUGUAAUUCCAUUCUAUGAUGCCGAACGUGAUUUUUUCUCAGAGUAUGGUCCACGAGUUAUGGUGACUGUGACUGAAUCUGUAGAUUAUUGGAAUGCCACCAUUCUGGAUGAAAUAGAAACCUGUAUGGGCAAGCUAGAAAACAACUCAUACGUAGAUCAGGAAUUGUCAGAGUCCUGGCUUCGUGCAUAUAUUGACCUUUCUAAAAAAAUGGAUAUAGAUAUAAAAGAGAAAAAUGCAUUCACUGGAAAUUUAACCAAAUUAUUUAAGUUUGUUCCUGCUUUUCAACAAGAUGUUGAGUUCUCACAAGAUAAUAUGAACAUUAGAGCUUCAAGAUUUUUCAUUCAAAUUGUAAAUGCCAGUGAUUCGCUAGAUCAGAAAAACAUGCUGAUUGAAUUAAGAAAUUUGGCACAGGAAUGUGGAAUCUCUUUACUUGUAUAUCAUUCUGCUUUCAUUUACUUUGACCAAUUUCUUGUGAUAGUGGCUAACACAAUUCAGAACAUAAUCAUGGCAACAGUUGCUAUGUUGAUUAUUUCUUUACUAUUAAUACCUAAUCCAGUUUGCUCAUUAUGGGUGACAUUUGCGAUUGUAUCCGUUUUAGUGGGUGUGGCUGGUUUUAUGGCUUUCUGGGAUGUCAAUUUAGAUUCUAUAUCUAUGAUUGACCUGGUCAUUUGCAUUGGUUUUUCUGUGGACUUUACAGCACAUAUUUCAUAUGCUUUUGUUUCAAGUGAUAAAACAAAUGCCAAUGGACGAGCUAUUGAUGUCCUAUAUACUCUUGGCUAUCCUGUAAUCCAGGGGGCUUUCUCAACAAUAUUAGGUGUUGUUGUAUUGUCUGUUGCAGAAAGUUACAUAUUUAGAACCUUUUUUAAGAUCAUGUUUCUUGUAAUAUUUUUUGGUGCAGUUCAUGGCAUUGUAUUUAUGCCGGUGUUUCUGACCUUUUAUCAAAUUUGUGGCAACGAGAAUAAUGAUAUGUCAAAUGAUGUUAAAGAGUGUGAAAAGAGCAAAUAUCCUCACACCUAUCAGUAUGUACAUCAUGGUAAAGUAAAUGUAGAUAUGUCGAGUGAAUUAACACAGAUAUCAUGACAGGAGCCUGUUCAGUGACAUUUACCUCAGUCUUAAAGAUAGAAAGAACUUAAUUGAGAAUUGUUUUCACAAACUUGUGUAUUAUCACAACAUGUAUAAUUUGAGAUACUGGAAAAGAAAAUCAAGCCUUUGAAUACACAUGAAUAUCAAGAUUUAGCUAUUGUAAAGAUAAUUAUUUUUCAUGUUGCAAAUAUGCCAUUCUGCGAAACUCUGCAAGUUGUCAUUGGCUUCAAAUUGUAACUGUUUUUCUCUCCACUGAUGAUGCCCAACCUUCUGUGUAUUUCUAGUACAUUCUGUUUAAUACUUAAGGCAUUUGCAGUUUCUGGUGGAUUUUCACUGCAUCAUCAUUUGUCUUGCAUUGUUAUCGUGUUGGAAUCAAAAUUUACCAUAUUUAUAUACAGUAUUACCUUUUAGAAACAUAGAAACAUAGAAAAUGGGUGCAGGAGUAGGCCAUUCGGCCCUUCGAGCCUGCCGCUAUUCAAUAUGAUCAUGGCUGAUCAUCCAACUCAGUAUCCUGUACCUGCCUUAUCUCCAUACCCCCUGAUCCCUUUAGCCACAAGGGCCACAUCUAACUCCCUCUUAAAUAUAGCCAAUGAACUGGCCUCAACUACCUUCUGUGGCAGAGAGUUCCAGAGAUUCACCACUCUCUGUGUGAAAAAUGUUUUUCUCAUCUCGUUCCUAAAGGAUUUCCCCUCUAUCCUUAAGCUGUGACCCCUUGUCCUGGACUUCCCCAACAUCGGGAACAAUCUUCCUGCAUCUAGCCUGUCCAACCCCAUAAGAAUUUUGUAGGUUUCUAUAAGAUCCCCCCUCAAUCUCCUAAAUUCUAGCGAGUGCAAGCCGAGUCUAUCUUCAUAUGAAAGUCCUGGCAUCCCAGGAAUCAGACUGGUGAACCUUUUCUGCAUUCCCUCUAUGGCAAAAUAUCCUUCCUCAGAUUUGGAGACCAACAUUGUACACAAUACUCCAGGUGUGGUCUACUGCAGUUGUACCCUGUACAACUGCAGUAGAACCUCCCUGCUCCUAUACUCAAAUCCUUUUGCUAUGAAUGCUAAUAUACCAUUCGCUUUCUUCACUGCCUGCUGCACCUGCAUACCUACUUUCAAUGACUGGUGUACCAUGACACCCAGGUCUCGUUGCAUCUCCCCUUUUCCUAAUCGGUCAUCAUUUAGAUAAUAGUCUGCUUUCCUGUUUUUGCCACCAAAGUGGAUAACCUCACAUUUAUCCACAUUAUACUGCAUCUGCCAUGCAUUUGCCCACUCACCCAGCCUAUCCAAGUCACCUUGCAGCCUCCUAGACUCCUCCUCAAAGCUAACACUGCCCCCCAGCUUAGUGUCAUCCACAAACUUGGAGAUGUUGCAUUCAAUUCCCUCGUCCAAAUCGUUUAUCUAUCUAUCUAUCUAUCUAUCUAUCUAUCUAUCUAUCUAUCUAUCUAUCUAUCUAUCUAUCUAUCUAUCUAUCUAUCUAUCUAUCUAUCUAUCUAUCUAUCUAUCUAACUAAAAGUCUGUUCUUGAUUUUUCCCGUCGAUUAAAAAUGACAGAGAUAAUAAUGUUUUUACAAAAUUCCCCAUUCUUUCUGCUGCCCCCGCUGGCGGCAGGGGGGAGGGACUAUAAAACCAGGAAGUGGUGUGCCACACAGUCUCUUCAAGAUGGAGGAAGGCAGAGGGUCACGUUUCUCUGAGCUGUGAAUAACACUGAACACAUGUCGACUCAAAUGUAAGUGCCCUUAGUGGUUCUAAAAUGCUUGCAGAAUGUGUCUAUUGGUUCUAAAGUUUGCAAAAAAAUGUCUAUUGGUUCUAAAGCUUGCAAAAAAAUGUAUAUUGGUUCUAAAGCUUGCAAAAAAAUGUCUAUUGGUUCUAAAGCUUAC